CUUUCUUUCUUUCUUUCUUUCUUUCUUUCUUUCUUUCUUUCUUUCGCUUUGAACCGGCCGGGCCAGCCAUGCCAGUGGCCUGCCACUCCCGGAGACUGGCGGGAGCCCUGCUCUUCUCCGCCCUGCUGGCCGCGGCGGGAGCGGAGGGCGGCUGUGCUGGGUUGGGGCGCUGCUGUUCGGGCAGGAGCCUGGAGUGCGUGAGCGCCGGCUGGAGACCGGACGGAUCCUACGGGCCCUGCUAUUGCGACCAGGCUUGCCUUUCCACCCUGGACUGCUGCGGCGACUACCGGCAGUUCUGCCCAGAGGCCUCCUGCGUGGUCUCUGACUGGAGUGAAUGGAGUGGAUGUGCUGAACGCUGCCAGGCGACCUACCGCAUCCGAAGGAGACAUGUGAUCCAGGAGCCUAGGAAUGGUGGUGAAGCUUGCCCUCCCCUUGAGGAGAAGGCUGGCUGCUUGGAGUAUUGGACUCAGCAAGGAACGUUGUGCAAGCACGCCUUUAUCCCAGCAUUAAUAACCACCGGAGGCUAUGGGAAAGCAAGAAGAAAGCGUGCUGUGUCCAGUGGGAGAGAAAGAGCUGGGUAUUGUGUUGAGUUCCAGCUCAUGGGCAUCACAGAAGGCUGCCUGCACGGGAACAGUUCCUACACCCACUGGAUGAAGUAUCUCAGUGAAGGACACACAGUGUGUGUAGAGUGCCAACAUCCAGCCCUGGAUCAGAAGAGUCUACACUGCUCUGGGGAUGGGAGCGGAGCCAAGAAGAACCAGCUACUGCACUGGCAGGCUGUGGGGAAUCCAAAGUGUAGAGGGACUUGGAAGAGAGUUCGCCAGCGGGACACCUGCUCUUGCCCUUUGGUUCACAGCUUCUUAUUCAUCUGACUUUCAGAUAAUGCCAUCAACAUUGAUUUCCUCACUAGAUCUCAUUCACAGAAACCCAUUGGACAGAUGCAACCUGCUGCAUGGACUUUUCAACAUUCUUCCAGUGUCUGAAGCCCUAGCUUUCACUCCCAAUAUUUUAUGCUUCAAAGAGUAGUGAAUAGCAGGGCUUAGAGAGGAACCAGUGCAAGAGAGACCCAGGAUAGUAAGGUCCGGAUCUGGAGGCAGACUCUGACGAAUAUAGAUAGAUAACCUUGUU